AUCGACCACCGUCGUGCGGUUGGUGCAGUCGAACUUGAGUGUGACAGCUGCGGCGGCGUGUAUAGGCGUGUUUGAACGCAGCCAGUGAGUGCGUAACCAGAUUAAGCGUCUCAAUCUCUCGUUUCCUACGACGUGCAGCAUGAGCCGCUUUCGUACGUGGAACAUCGUGAUUGUAGCCGGCGUCAUCGUGUUAGAAUGUGGCGGCUUUUCACAGGGUCACCAGUGCUGGUCUGAAGUACCUGUUGACGAUACAGACUGCAAAGCUUUCAGGGACUUCUGCUACAUCUUCGACAUGUACCCUCACAACCGCACGGUGGCGCUGGUGCUGGAUAUGAGACGCCAUGUCCCAGACCUACUUGUGCGCAUGCGCAGUGCCGACUGCGACUUCCACUGCGGCGAAGCCUCGUCUGCACCCUGCAACGUCACCGUGCAGGCCACCAGCGAGCCCACCCGUGUCGUGUAUUAUGAAAAGAAUUUUGUGCAGCAGUACUACGCAUUCCAGAUCAUUACUGGCAACAGCUUUUGCGCAACGGUGUCGCUAAGCAGAUGCAACAAAUUCCUCAACGUGAUCCACACCAUUACUGAUAAAUUUGGAGAGGACGGGGACUCCCUGGCAGAGGACGGGGGUUCCCUGCCAGAGCUGAUGCCGGACAGGAGACAGCCCGUUGCACUGAUCGUCCUCUGCAUGUCACUGGCCAUCACUACGAUCCUCCUAAUGGCUGCCUACUGCAUCAAAACACGGCUGCUGUGCAGCCUGUCUUUGGGAGGAACAGUCCCCCUGGAGCUGAAAUCGCCGGACAUGUCGUGUCAGCUGCUGCAAGCCGCUCCCCCUACGUCCGCCAUACUCCUCCUGUACUCCCGGGACAGCGACGCCUUCGUGCGGCUCAUGGAGGCCUUCCGGAAGCUGCUGACCGCCCUCACCGGCCUUGAGGUGCUGGACCCACUGGACAGCAGGCGGAUGGAAGAGGUGUUCCCCGCGCCGGUGGGCUGGCUGUGGCGGCAGCUGCGGCGGCAGGACGUCAAGGUGCUGGUGGUGGUUUCUGCGGGCGCGCUGGCCCGCCAGCGGCGGCUCCUCGGGCAGCGAACCCCGGACCCCGCACCAGCAGCCGCGCCGCACCCCCUCGACUCGCUCUUCACGCUCGCGCUGCGUGACAUGCAGGACGAUUACCGGCUCGGAGGAGACUACCGGAGGGUCUACAAAGUCAGGUUUGAGGAUAUCACGACGACAACUGAAACUCUAUCUCACAUUGUCCCUAUGCGGGAAUUUUGUCUAAUGAGGCACAUUGGUCGUCUCGUCUAUGAAAUAAGAGGGGAGAUAUAUCCACCAGACGUUGAUGAUGUCACCCAUAGUCAGGAGCUGCUGACGAAUGUUCCUGAAGUGGACAGCCUGUUCAUGAUACUACAGGAGAUAACAGGAUGACAGGAAGUCAACAGCAUAGCUUCAUCCAAAGAGUAUUCCAUAUCUGGUGCUCAGUAACGUUCCUUUGCUGGGAGACAAAUGGUGGUGACACAUCAGUUAAUUGUAUAAAGCCCCCUUAGAUAUUUUGUUUUUAUGUUAAAGUCUUAAUGCAAUCUAGGUUUAUCCACUAAUUUUACAACAUAUAUGAUGUUGUUCUAAUGUAACAUAAUACAUUAUUACUUGACUGAAGAUGGCAUCAGUGUCCAAGAGUAGCUUCAUUGCUGAAAUUAAAUAUGGUUCAGGGUGUUCUCUCUGUUAAAACUGAAGUUAAUUCCGGAUUAUUGGUAUUGAUAUUUUUUGGUGUUAGUGCACUCUUCCAAAUAACAUUUUCAUUUAACACAAAGACAUUUUUAUCUCCACUACAUCAUAAUGAUCGAAGUCUAAAUGCACAGUAUCUUAUUGUUCUAAGAGCUUACAAGCAAAGACUGCCCUGAAGUGAUCAACUGAGCUGGUGGAACACCAGUAAUGAAUGCCUUUGGUGCAAAUUUUAUGGCGUGAAUAAAUUACAAUUCCUUCUAGAAACAUCCAGAACAUUCUGUAAGUCAAAUUAACUACAAGGUCAUUUCCACUUUUGAAAAUAAAAACAGAUUUGAAUAAAGUUAUAUUUUUUGUGAAACAAAAAAUUUUAGAAAUAUAGUAAAAACAAAAGAUGUUUAUGUGGUUAUGAAAAUAAAUUAACUAUUUUUCUAAAAUAUACCAAGUCACUAGCUUCAUAUAAUUAAUCAAAUGGUUAUGGGAUCUGUUAUGAAUGGUGUUACAUCAAUUUUAUGACACAGAAAUAAAAACAAGAUUGUAUUUUGUACCUUUUUGUGACAUUUAUAGGAAGAUGAAUUUUCAUAGGCUAAUUGUUAUGUGUUGGACCAACUCUGAGUAGUACAGAAACUCGUCAGAGUGCUAAUGCACCAUGUAAUUGUGGAAAAACAUGAAUGACAACAGCUGAAAAAUAAAGAGGUAUUGGAAGGUUCCAUAAUCUGAAGAAGUUACUUUAAAUAUUGGUUUGUAAUAACUGGAAUAUCUUGUAUCAUUUAGAUAGUCUGUACUGUGGGGGCAUAAUGAAAGUUCCACUCUUGGCUCUCAGUAACUACCAAGUGUAGUUUGUGCAUUAUUUUGGCCCCAUACUCCAUAAAUGCUAAAACCAUACAUGUCUCAACUCAAGAUGUGAGGAAGAGCUGAAUCCUUAACUUUUCUUGGUGUUUCAGAUAUUAUGUACUAUGGAAAUAAUAAUUGUAUGUUAAGGGUACAGAUACAUUGGUUAAUAUUUCAAAUGUUUCACAAAACACCCGUACCCUUAGCAGUUAGUAUAAUUGAGUAACCUUUCAUAAUUGGCAGUCAGAAAAGUUUAAGCAGCAUUGUUAUCUUUAGUUGAAAUGAUUCUGGGUUUGUUGGGGUUGGAUUUUUAUGUUUUAGGUGCUCCUAGGGUGUCGUACAGUGAUGAAAGACACCUUUUAAAUGGGUUUCAGUCAUCACAAGUAGAUGCUCAGGGUCUGCAGCACUGUGCAUCACACAAUGGAACUGCUCCCUGGCGAAGAUCCUGGAUUUUUGUCAAUAUAAAUCUAAAAUGUAGAACAAAGAAAAGAGAAGUAUCUAAUGACAGAAAUCUUUCAGACAAGGUGUUCUUGUGAAACAACUAAGUUGUAAUUUGAGUUUGAGUUGUUGUCUGGUCAAUAAACCAGAUUGUGUACAGAGUACAUAGCCUGUUCUUAUUCAUAGUAGAAGUAGCUUUAUAGGAAGAACAGCUGAAAGAAGUGGAGGUUAUGUCUGGUAUACAGCAAACGUAUACUUCAAGAUGGCGGAAACCCUCACAGCACAUACACACAUGAUCCUGAGCAUCUACUUUUCAUGUACUUCCAUUUGAACUCUGAUUUCUACCUGUCAGUUGUAGAGUUUUGUCCAUUAACUAUUGCAAUUUAUAACUGUUUUUCCACUUAUCAUUUGUAAAUAUUUGUUUUGUUAUAAUAUUGUAGGUGUUUAAUUUAUGGCAUAUACAUUUAUUUACUAUUGAGUUACAUAUUUGAAUGAAACCUAAAGUACUCAUUUUGUAAACAAUACAAAAUUUUAUAGUUUAUUAGACUUUUAAUGUAAUUCAUUGUAGCUAUUUCACUAACUAAAUUACAAACUUAUCACAUAAAAUGAUAUCAUCCACAUUUUCUGCAUCACAGUAAAUAAAUGUGCUGCACUUGUUUUUAAAAAUCUGUAACCAUGCAAUAUAAACAGUUAGUGUUUACAGCAAAUACUGAACUGGUGAAUGAAAAUGUAAGAACUUAAGAAACAAAUCAUAUCUUAGUUGUUCUCCUAAGUUUCAGAAUUGAAAAUAAAUUAUGGUAUACUAAAGAUGACUGAAACAUUUUGGUGCAAACCAUCGUAUGAAUGAGACAGCAGAACAGAGAAUGCACAACACAGUAGGAAAAAAUGUUAUGUGGCCCAAACAAUUUGUAGAUAAAUACCUGCUAGACUGCCUAGUUGCUAAAGUUUAUUUUGGCUGUGAAAUCAUUAUAAGAUAUGAACUUAGAAAGCUGUUGUUUUGUUUUAGUUUUUUAAAGAUAACACUAUAGACAAUAAAACAAUACCAUGGACCAUGGCCAUAUAAGCCAGAAGAAUUAUCAACAACAUUACCAUCCGGUCGUGAAAGCCUUCAUUGUACGAUUAAAACAAUACCAAAUUUAUGUACUUAGAAAUGUAAUGAAAUAAACAGAUGAUGUUGCACAAAGA